UUUGGUUCUCCAGAAGAAAAUUUGAUUAAAAGCUACAAAUUCAUGUUCCAAAAAGCGCUCGAUAUCCGAGAAGUGUUGUCCUGGAGGAUCGAGGAGCUCGGUGACACCCUGAAGAGCCACCAUCACCUGGAGGACUUCGCUUCCGUUUUGCUCCCGGCACAGGAACCGGUGACCGUUUUGGGGCAAAUCAGUUGCGACAGCAACGGGAAACUCAACGCUAAAUCUGUCGUCCUGGAGGGUGACCGAGAACAUUCCUCGGGGGGACAAAUCCCCCUCGACCUCUCGGAGCUGAAGGAAUAUUCCCUUUUCCCUGGCCAGGUCGUGGCGCUGGAAGGAACCAACAGCACCGGCAGGACCAUGGUGGUCUCCAAGAUUUAUGAGGGGGUGCCCCUUCCUUUCCACACACCGCCGGAGCCGUUGCCAGACACGGAGCAGAGGAUGGUGUUGAUGGCCUGUGGACCCUACACCACCUCCGACAGCAUCGCCUACGACCCGCUCACCGACCUCAUCGAGGUGAUCGUCCGCGACCGCCCCGACGUCUGCAUUCUGUUUGGGCCGUUCCUUGAUGCCAAACACGAGCAAGUGGAGAACUGUCAGCUCCUGGGACCCUUCGCCGACGUGUUCAAGCUUUGCCUGAAGACGAUCAUCGAAGGGACGAGGAGCGCCGGCUCUCAGCUCGUCUUCGUCCCCUCCCUGCGCGACGUCCACCACGACUUCGUGUACCCGCAGCCGCCGUUUCUCUGCCCCGAGCUGUCGAAGGACGACAAACCGCGCGUGCACUUGGUGCCGGAUCCCUGCACCCUGGACAUCGAGGGUGUUGUUUUCGGCCUGACCUCCACCGACGUGCUGCUCCACAUGGGUGCUGAGGAGAUCAGCAGGUGGGUGCUGGUGAGAAGCCGGGAUGUUGGGAACAACGUCCAGAUCCGACCCCAAAUUCCCCAGGAUUUCAGCAGAAAACCUCACCCGGCAGCGCUGCGUCUUCGGUCGCGUCCUCCGGCAGCUUCCCCCAUCCCUCAGCGCCAGGCAGAGUGGUUGUCGGUUGUUAAUUAG